AUGGCGAGCCUCGAUUCUAUCCAUCUCCUUUCGGAGGCGGCGUUUGGCUGCGAACAUCUUGCCACUGUCCUGCAGGAUAAAUCGGCUGCUGGGCAGUUCAAGAGUGGUUAUCGCAAGCAGUUUGAGUCCCUUGCGCCGUACACCAAGCCCGAGACCGUCGCAGUGCCUGCUAGUGGUCUGCGGACGGUGGCAACUCUGAAACCAAAGUACCACUGUUUGACUUGUUCUGAAUCCUGUCUCAACUCGGAGCGGCGGGCACACACAAAGAAGACUGGACAUGUAUUCUACCUGGAGUCACGCAAUCGCUUCAUUUUCUGUGAGACUUGUAGGGAUUUCGUCUACGACCAUGGCCUGGAGAGGCUCUGUGGCCCUGCUGGCAAGUUUGAGGCCCAGGAUGGCAAGGGCCGAUGGAAUGAUGACUCGGCUGCCGAGCUUUAUGUCAAGACCAACGCCACCAAGAACCCCUGCUCCCGUCGUGGGGCUCGUGGUGUCUGGAACAUGGGACAAACCUGUUAUCAGGCUGUCAUCCUCCAAGCGCUGUUGCACGACCCGAUUCUCAAUGCCUAUUUCCUGGCUGGGGGUCAUGAUAUCCACACUUGCAAGAGAAGCUUUUGCAUGGCCUGCGCUACCACUGAAGUGUUCAUGGAGUUCAACAGCGGCGAAAAGACCGAAGCGGUGUCGGCCGCUACCCUCCUCUACCAUGGCUGGGAUGCGUCUAGAGAAAUGGCAGGCUAUCGCCAGCAGGAUGCCCACGAGUACUUCCAGUUUCUAGUGAAUGCCCUGCACGCCAGCACUCCCGGCCACUCCGAAAGCUACGACACCAAAUGCGAAUGCUUCUUCCACCGCACUUUCUAUGGCGAACUCCGCAGCAGCGUGAUGUGCCACAAGUGCGGCAAAACCACCCAUACCUACGAUCCCAUGGCCGACCUGAGUCUUGACGUACAGCUGCAGAGCAAGAAGCGCAAGCUGGGACGGUCGAGUGCCGCGGGCACUGCGACCCUGAUCAGCUGCCUGGAGAGUUUCACUGCCGUCGAGGACCUACAGCACCACACUGAGGCGGCAUACCACUGCGAAAAAUGCGGCAACACUCCACAGCGAGCCUCAAAGCGGCUGCAGAUCAACAAGCUCCCUUCUAUCCUGUGCAUGCAACUGAAGCGAUAUGAGCACCACCAGGCAUCUUCGGAGAAGAUGGAUGGCCACAUUGACUUCCCUAUUACUCUCAACAUGCUCCCAUACACCGUGAAGAAGGACAAGGAGCGCGUCGACACAUCCAAAUACCUCUAUGAUCUCUCGACCGUUGUGGUGCACCAGGGUUCUAUGGACUCUGGUCACUACUACUCUUACACUCGCCUGGGAGGCGACAAGUGGGUGCUGAUGGACGACAACAAAGUCACUGUCGCCAGCAUCGCCGAUGUUCUGAAGCAGAAUGCUUACCUGCUAUUUUAUGGCAUUCGCUCCAUUGACCCGGAGAAGGGGCAAUCUUGA